UUAUGACUUUAUGCAUUUUUUUGCAACACCCAUAAAAAGCUCUUCUAGGUGUCAUCACCUUUUUAUCACCUUUAACACAAAAUCAUUUUGUUAGACACCCUUUGACAUUACAUUUUAUAUUUUAGGCCUUCUAGUGGACCUAAAUGUUUCAUACAUCAUACAUUAUGUGUUUGUACAGAUAAGAUUAAAUGGUUUUGCAUUUUAAAACAGGAUCCACCAUCCCUUGUUGAGUGAAAGUAAAUAUUUCAUACAUCAUACACUAUGUGUUUGUACAGAUAAGACUAAAUGGUUUUGCAUUUUAUAACAGGAUCCACCAUCCAUUGUUGAGUGAAAGUAAAUAUUACAUACAUCAUACACUAUGUGUUUGUACAGAUAAGACUAAAUGGUUUUGCAUUUUAAAAUAGGAUCCACCAUCCAUUGUUGAGUGAACGUAAAUAUUUCAUACGUCAUACACUAUGUGUUUGUACAUAUAAGACUAAAUGGUUUUGCAUUUUAAAACAGGAUCCACCAUCCAUUGUUGAGUGAAAGUAAAACCAGACCAGUCAGAGAGCUCAGAUCCACCAGGACAACUUCUGUUUAUUAUAAUAGCUGAAAGUAUUCGCUGUGUAUAUAGUGGAACUGAGAGGUGUAUAAAUCUGAGCAGUUUUGAGAUAGAGAAAAGUUAAGGAGAAGGAAAAAAAAAGACAUGGAUGAAUAUUCUUCACCACAAGCAAAGAAAGCCAGAAGGGCUACAUCACAUAGAAGUACUGACUUUGCAGGUGAAUCCAGCAGAGUUCUGACUGAAGAGCAGUUACAGUGUUCCAUCUGUCUGAAAGUGUUCACUGACCCUGUCACAACUCCAUGUGGACACAAGUUCUGCAACAGCUGCCUCACACAAAUCUGGGAUACGAGUCAGCAUUAUUAUUGUCCAUAUUGCAAAGAGAAAUUCACCAAGAGACCUGAACUCAAGAUUAAUAUUACACUGAGAGAGGUUUCAGAUCGCUUCAAGAAGAAAACAGUCUCAGAUAAGUCCCAGGUUCUUUGUGACAUCUGCACUGGUGUGAAGCGGAAGGCCUUGAAAUCCUGUCUGCAUUGUGUUCUGACAUUCUGUCCGUCUCAUUUAGAUCUUCAUAAUAAGAUUAUAAAAAAUAAGAAACACAAAGUAAUAAAUGCAGUGGAGAACGUGGAGAAAUACAUUUGCCAGGAGCAUAAGAGACCUCUGGAGAUGUUCUGUAGAGACGAUCAGAAGUAUGCGUGUUGGUUCUGUACUGUGACAGACCACAACGAUCACAACGUUAUUCCAUUAGAGGAGGAGAGUGGACAGAGGAAGAGUCAGCUGGGGAAAACACAGACGGAGCUGCAGCAGAUGAUCCAGGAGCGACUGAAGAAGAUCCAGGAGAUUAAUCACUCAGUAGAGCUCAGCAAAAGAAACACAGAGAAGGAGAAAUCAGACAGUAUUGAAGUCUUCACCGCUCUGAUUCGCUCCAUUGAGAGGAGUCUGCUGGAGGUGAUGGAGGAGAAGCAGAAAGCAGCAGAGAAGCAGGCUGAAGGACUCAUUAAAGAGCUGGAACAGGAAAUCGAUGAGCUAAAGAGGAGAGACACUGAGCUGGAGCAGCUCUCACACACUGACGAUCAUCUCCACCUCCUACAGAUUUAUCCGUCACUGUGCAUCGCUCCACACACCAAGAACUGGACUGAGAUCAGGAUUAAAACUGAACCGAGUGUGGAAGCUCUGAGGACGACUCUGUCUCAGCUUCAGAAGACUCUGAAUGAGAAACUCAGUGUAACUCUGAAUGAGAAGCUGAAGGAAAAAGUCCCCACAGAACUGAAGAGGAUUCAGCAGUAUGCAGUGGAUGUGACUCUGGAUACUGAUACAGCUUAUCCUCGUCUCAUCCUGUCUGAUGAUGGAAAACAAGUGACGUGUGGUGACACAAAGCAGAAUCUCCCAGACACUCCGAAAAGAUUCACUUAUCAUCCAAUUGUCCUGGGAAAUCAGGGUUUCUCCUCAGGGAGGUUUUACUAUGAGGUGCAGGUCAGUGGGAAGACUGAGUGGGAUUUAGGAGUGGUCAGAGAGUCUGUUAACAGGAAGGGGGAAAUUGCACUUAAACCUCAGGAUGGAUUCUGGACCGUGGUUCUGAGGAACGGGAAUGAGUAUACUGCUCGUGAUGAUCCCUGUGUCUCCCUCUCCCUGAGAGAGAAACCCCAGAAGGUGGGCGUGUUUGUGAAUUAUGAUGAGGGUCUGGUCUCCUUUUAUGACAUCGAGGUCAUGUCUCAUAUCUACUCUUUCACUGGUCAGUCUUUCACUGAGAAACUCUAUCCAUACUUCUGUCCUUCUAAUAAUGAUGGAGGUAAAAACUCAGCACCACUGAUCAUCUCUCGUGUGUAAAAUUUACCCCUCACAAAAUCAGUAGUGUAUAAAAGGUCCAGAGUGAAAGAUAUUUUUUUCAAAACAGAUAUCACCACAUGAGUAAUGAUCAUGAAUUUUAAUAUCAUGUUAGGGUUAUCUGGAGUGUAUUUUGCAUGUCUAUUAAAAACAGAACAAUGUAUAAUAAACCUUGAAUUCACCUUUUUAGUAGAGAAAUAAUUUCCUAAAAAAGCAUUAUUUUGUUAGUUGAAGUGUGUAUCCUAACAUUAUUCUACUGUGAGAAUAUACUUUGUGUGUGUUUGCAUUUAUAUUUAUAUAGUUUUAGGAUAGAACAUUGUGUGCAUGUUUUUAUGCCUCAUUUCCAUGAAAGGAGAAACAAUCGUAGCCUUCUGAAUCUGCCAGCUUGACCAGUUAAUUAAUCCUCUCAAUUAACUGUAUAGUUAAGAGUCUAAAAUGAUUUUAUGAUUCAUACUGGAAAAGGAACAUGUAGAAGUUUAACAGAGUUUGAGUACACCAUUUCUAACAACAGCUAGUUAGAGCCAUCUAACACAAGCUAGCUAGAUAGCUAAGAACAGCAACACAACAUUGACACUCUUCAUGCUUGAAUUCUGGUCAACAAAUAUUAUUAUUGGUUGUUUUUUUGUUUGUUUAUUUGUUUUUAUAUAAAUGUAGCUGAUAUAAUUUAGCUGAUAUAAUUUAGUUGGUAAAUAGAUCAGCCAGCUAAUUCUUGUAUUUUCUGUUCAAGGGUAACAAGACUAGUGAGCUAAUUUACUUAGGCUACCAAGCUUGCUUAGCUAAAAGGAAAAAUUUUUAGUAGACUCUGAUAACCUAUCUUAUAUAAAUUAUUAAUUUUUAAAGAAAUAGCUAGUCAACAUAUUUGACCAGUAGUUUUUUCAGCUAGUUGUUUUAUAUGUUAAAGUUCUGUCACCUCUGUCCUCCAUUUUAGGGUUUUCAAUAUAAUGCAGCAUCUGUCUUGUUUAACAGUGUAAUUGUGGUGUGGGUGGUGUAUAAAACUUUAGUGUGCUUUAUAUUGUAUGAAUUGAUGGUAUUUUAUGAUUUACUGUUGAUUUUUUCAUCACUUAGAUCUGAAUAAAAAUCUUUCACACA